GGCGCGGUCGGCGCAGCCUCGGGGCUGCGGGCACAGACUGGGGCGACCUGCGGCGAUCGCUCUGCCCUAGGCCCGCUCGCCCAUGGCUCUGGCGCUGUGGCCCUGGCUCCCAGCCCCGCUCGCAGUCGCCACCACCUGCCUUUGGCCGACCAGCCCGCCAGCCGCGCGCGAUGCUGAAUGGCACGGGCCUGGACCAGGCUUUUAAGAUGUCGUUGCCGCGGAGGGCGAGGAUCGGCGCGUCUGUGGGUGACAUGGACAGUCUUGGAUGGGGGCUAGUUUGGCUGCUGCAAGGUCUUCACAGACCCGUUCGUUCUUCUUCGGGCUACAAGAAGGCAGAGGAUGAGAUGUCCCGGGCCACGUCUGUUGGAGACCAGCUAGAGGCACCGGCCCGCCUAAUUUACCUCAACCAAUCUCAUCUCAACAAAUUCUGCGACAACCAUAUCAGUACGGCCAAGUACAGCGUGUUGACAUUUCUACCUCGAUUCUUGUAUGAGCAGAUUAGGAGAGCUGCUAAUGCCUUCUUCCUCUUCAUUGCCUUAUUACAGCAAAUUCCAGACGUAUCGCCAACAGGACGAUACACCACCCUGGUGCCAUUGAUCAUCAUUUUAACAAUUGCAGGCAUCAAAGAGAUUGUAGAAGAUUUUAAACGACAUAAGGCAGACAGCGCAGUUAACAAGAAGAAAACAAUAGUGCUAAGAAAUGGCAUGUGGCAUACCAUCAUGUGGAAAGAGGUGGCAGUGGGAGACAUCGUGAAGGUCCUCAAUGGCCAGUAUCUUCCAGCAGACAUGGUCCUCUUCUCCUCCAGUGAGCCUCAGGGGAUGUGCUAUGUUGAAACCGCUAACCUGGAUGGGGAGACAAACCUUAAAAUACGACAGGGCUUGAGCCUCACAGCUGAGAUGCAGACCAGGGAAGUGCUGAUGAAGCUGUCGGGAAGGAUUGAGUGCGAAGGGCCCAAUCGCCACCUCUACGACUUCACUGGCAACUUGCACUUGGAUGGGAAGAGCUCUGUUGCCCUCGGGCCUGACCAGCUCUUACUGAGAGGUACCCAGCUCAGGAACACUCAGUGGGUCUUUGGUGUUGUUGUAUAUACUGGCCAUGAUUCCAAACUCAUGCAGAAUUCAACAAAAGCUCCUCUCAAGAGGUCGAAUGUCGAGAAGGUAACCAACGUACAGAUCCUGGUGCUGUUUGGCAUCCUCUUGGUCAUGGCCCUGGUGAGCUCGGUGGGGGCCCUGUUCUGGAAUGGGUCUCAUGGUGGAAAGAGCUGGUACAUCAAGAAGAUGGAAACGAGCUCAGAUAAUUUUGGCUACAACUUGCUGACGUUUAUCAUCUUGUACAACAAUCUGAUUCCCAUCAGUCUGCUGGUGACGCUGGAGGUGGUGAAAUACACGCAGGCGCUCUUCAUAAACUGGGACACAGAUAUGUAUUAUAUUGAAAAUGACACUCCAGCUAUGGCCAGGACAUCGAACCUUAAUGAAGAGCUUGGGCAGGUAAAAUACCUGUUUUCUGACAAGACUGGAACUCUUACGUGCAAUAUCAUGAACUUCAAGAAGUGUAGCAUUGCUGGUGUAACCUAUGGCCACUUCCCAGAACUAGCCAGAGAGCCGUCCUCAGAUGACUUCUGCCGGAUGGCUCCUUGCUCCAGUGACUCAUGCGACUUUAACGACCCUAGGCUGUUAAAGAACAUUGAGGAUCAACAUCCUACAGCCCCUUGCAUACAAGAGUUCCUUACCUUGCUGGCUGUGUGUCACACUGUUGUCCCUGAGAAGGAUGGAGAUGAAAUCAUCUACCAGGCUUCCUCCCCAGAUGAAGCUGCUUUGGUAAAAGGAGCUAAGAAGCUUGGUUUCGUGUUUACCGGCAGGACACCGUACUCGGUCAUCAUUGAAGCGAUGGGUCAAGAACAGACAUUUGGGAUCCUCAAUGUUCUGGAAUUUUCAAGUGACAGAAAAAGGAUGUCUGUCAUUGUUCGAACUCCAUCAGGACAACUUCGACUCUACUGCAAGGGAGCUGAUAAUGUAAUCUUUGAACGACUUUCAAAAGACUCCAAGUACAUGGAGGAGACAUUGUGCCACCUAGAAUAUUUUGCCACAGAAGGCCUGCGGACUCUGUGUGUGGCCUAUGCAGAUCUUUCUGAGAAUGAGUAUGAGGAGUGGCUGAAAGUCUAUCAAGAGGCCAGCAUCAUACUGAAGGACAGAGCCCAGAGGCUGGAAGAGUGUUAUGAGAUCAUUGAGAAGAAUUUGCUGCUACUUGGAGCUACAGCCAUCGAGGACCGUCUUCAAGCCGGGGUUCCAGAAACCAUAGCUACUCUGUUGAAGGCAGAAAUCAAAAUAUGGGUGUUAACGGGAGACAAGCAAGAAACUGCAAUCAAUAUUGGGUAUUCCUGUCGGUUGGUGUCACAGAAUAUGGCCCUCAUCCUAUUGAAGGAAGAUUCUUUAGAUGCAACAAGGGCUGCCAUCACUCAGCACUGCACAGACCUGGGAAAUUUGCUGGGCAAAGAGAACGAUGUAGCCCUCAUCAUCGAUGGCCACACCCUGAAGUAUGCGCUCUCCUUUGAAGUUCGCAGAAGUUUCCUGGACCUGGCGCUCUCAUGCAAAGCUGUCAUCUGUUGCAGAGUGUCCCCUCUGCAGAAGUCUGAGAUUGUGGAUGUUGUGAAGAAGCAGGUGAAAGCCAUCACGCUGGCCAUCGGGGACGGUGCCAAUGACGUGGGGAUGAUCCAGACAGCCCACGUAGGGGUGGGGAUCAGCGGGAACGAGGGCAUGCAGGCUACCAACAACUCAGAUUACGCCAUUGCACAGUUUUCCUACUUGGAGAAGCUGCUUUUAGUUCACGGAGCCUGGAGCUACAACCGGGUGACCAAGUGCAUCCUCUACUGUUUCUACAAGAAUGUGGUCCUCUACAUCAUUGAGCUUUGGUUCGCCUUCGUUAAUGGAUUUUCUGGGCAGAUUUUAUUUGAGCGCUGGUGCAUCGGUUUGUACAAUGUGAUCUUCACCGCGUUGCCGCCCUUCACUCUGGGAAUCUUCGAGAGGUCUUGUACUCAGGAGAGCAUGCUGAGGUUUCCACAGCUCUACAAAAUCACCCAGAAUGCAGAAGGCUUCAACACUAAGGUUUUCUGGGGUCACUGUAUCAAUGCCUUGGUCCACUCCCUCAUCCUCUUCUGGCUUCCCAUGAAAGUGCUGGAACACGAUACUCCGCUGGCCAGUGGUCACGCCACAGACUAUUUGUUUGUUGGAAAUAUUGUUUACACGUAUGUUGUGGUUACAGUUUGUCUGAAAGCUGGUUUGGAGACAACAGCAUGGACUAAAUUCAGUCACCUGGCGGUGUGGGGAAGCAUGCUGAUCUGGCUGGUGUUUUUUGGUGUCUACUCAACCAUCUGGCCGACCAUCCCCAUCGCUCCUGACAUGAAAGGGCAGGCAACUAUGGUCCUGAGCUCUGCAUACUUCUGGUUGGGAUUGUUCCUGGUUCCAACUGCGUGUUUGAUUGAAGAUGUGGUGUGGAGAGCGGCCAAGCACACCUGCAAAAAGACGCUGCUGGAGGAGGUGCAGGAGCUGGAGACCAAGUCCCGAGUGAUGGGGAAAGCAAUGCUGCGAGACAGUAAUGGAAAGAGGUUGAACGAGCGUGACCGUCUGAUCAAGAGGCUCAGCAGGAAAACACCCCCAACCCUCUUCCGAGCAGGCUCCAUCCAGCAGUGUGUCACCCAUGGGUAUGCCUUUUCUCAAGAAGAACAUGGAGCCGUCACCCAGGAGGAAAUAGUCCGUGCUUAUGACACCACCAAAAACAAGUCAAGGAAGAAAUAAGAGGCAAUUUUACCCAUGGCUCCAGGGAAAAAGAGAUUCGGUUUGUUGCACACAGUGUUAACACGGUUUUGUCAGAAGAGACUGGUGCCCGCAGCCCCAAACCAGAAAACACAUUUCUGUGGCCUUAGCUGACCAGUUUGUUAGCAGCUGUCUGUCCCCUUGCAGUCUCAAGGUAUAGGCAUCAGGAGAAGCGACUCUCCCAGCUUGUCUGCAGCGCUUGGCCCAACUUUUGUUUACGUUGUUAUGAAGCAUUCAGCUGGGCUCUGUGAGGUGUGAAAUUAAAAACUAUGUUUCACCAAUGCUCAAACAUCAAUAGUAGUGCUUCUGGGAGAAAGGAAAGGGGCGUUAUGUUACUAGAGACCAGUCCUGUGUAAUUGGAACAGGGUACACUCACUUCCUGUUUGGUGCAUGCACAGAUCAUACAAGCCUUGCUUUUCUGCAGAUUGCUCACUUUGAUCCCUGUUUUGUUUGUGUGAAGUUGCCAUAAACGUCUUGAUUGCAGUGAAACCAGAAAAACUUACGGUUGAAGGACAAACCUGAGAACAUUUCUUUGGCUCUGUCAGCACCAGCCCCAGCAAGGCAACCAGCCAGCGUUCCACGCCUUCAGUCCCAGCAUCGCUACCCUGCGCUGUUGUGCUCAGAUCUGCACAGCUGGCUGCUGGGUGCAGUGCCUCCCAGCUGGUUGCCAGCCAUCCAAAUUCUGCGUGUCCUUGUUCCUCUAUAUGUUCAAAUAAGGAUGUUAGAGUUUUUCUUCCCGCCCUGCCCACUGCUGCCCUUUAGCUCUGUAACUGAAGAGUAGUGGCUGUCCCAUACCUGGCUGUCUUUUUCUGAUGGGACCUGGCGGGUAAGGGUGGCAGGCUCUGCAUACCACUUCUGAGCUAGCCCUUUGGCAGCCUCUUGGAAUUGACACCUGCUUCCUGGAUACCCAAAGAACAUUUUAGACUAUCUAUAGUUUGGAAGGGAGUUUAUAAUGGCGUCUGGGCACUAAAGGGACAAAAUGGUCACUCUGGAAUUCUAGAAUCAGAGUGAGUUGGGGAGAGGGGUAAGCACUGGGCAGAGAGUAGUGAGGAAGAGGACCCCAGAGCUCCCUGGAAGGUGACAAAGGACCUGAGACCCAGGAGGCAGACACAGAGGACAUUUUCAUCAUAUCUCAAUGGAAGUUCUCAAGUCCUGCUCUUGACAGACAGCCCAUGUGCACUGUAGCAGAAACCAGACCUUGUCCUGCAGACCGUUUGUUUGGUUGAUUUUCUUGAGACAGAGUCUUAGGCUUUAUGCCAAUCUAGCCUUGAGCACACUUUGUAGUCCAGGCUAGCCUCAAACCCUCAGCAAUUCUCAGCCUCGUGCAUAUUAGGAUUACCACAUUUCAGCACCGUAUGAUUCCAAUGAAAACAAUUACAAAUAUUAACAUGGUCUCCUUCCUGUAUCCAGCAAGUUUUAGGCCCACGGGCCUCUUUCUGAACAGUGGCUUGGGCUCUGAAACAAGGAUGGGAAGUGCCAGUUCCCAGCUUUGUCCACUGCAGGCCCCACUCUGAAUUAGAACAGAACCUGGAUGCCCCGAGCCUGCAUGUGCGAACUGGGGGCUCUCAGAAAAUGGGGUCCUGGAGGCAGCAUGCUUUCCUCCCUUUAGCUGCUACACCAGAUUUUUUGGAUGGUUUUAGUAAAUACCUCUGGGCACCUGUUACGUUGUGAAGUGGUACCAUACCAUCAGGGAUGUGUGCUAGCUUAGAAAAUAAAGCAGCAGUAGGGAUGGCCGAGUGGUCCAAGGGGCUGCAUUCGGGAAGAAAAGAUGCUGCGCUUUGCUUCUUAACCUUUUACUUUUGGAACAAUAGAGAUCAGUGGGUACCAAAAAGAUCUUGGUUAUGACUGGCAUUGAGUGAGAAAACUGAUUCUCACUUAGGGAGUGGCCAGGCUGCUGAGAUGACUUGAAGCAAGGCAGGGUGCUGUCAUUAACAAGAAUCCUGGAAGUGACCAUCUUUGCUCCCUAAGGCAAGUGAAAAAUCUAGUGUACCCAGCAAGCCUGAAUACUGACAGACUGUACCAUGUGGGAGAAACAGCAGGAAGUAUGCCUCAGAUCAUGGAGUUAACCAUGGUGUGCAUCUUACCCGGAGAGUUGCGGGCAGAACUGUGGAGAGAAAAGGAAAACCAAUUGAAUGUACAGCAGGCUUUUCAUUAUUCUUUCUUUCUCUCUUUCUUCCAUUCUUUCCCUUCCCUUCUUUCUUUCUUUCUUUCUUUCUUUCUUUCUUUCUUUCUUCAUUCCUUUCUUCCAUUCUUUCUCUUUAUUUCUUUCAACUUUAAAGACUAGAUUUAUUUGAAGGAAAAAAAAAACACAACAAACCCUCAACCCUAAGGAUAGGAUUUUAAAUCUCAAGAAAUCAUCCCCCAAGUAAAGUCUACAGAUUACAAAUAAUUUUCAUAGAAGAUACUUGUGCACAAAUUCUACAUACAUUCAGGAACAUAUAAAUUGACCCUUGCUUUUAUUUUAACAGAGGGGCAGAGCAGAUUUCUUUUAGAUGUAACUGUCUGUAAGGGAAAUAGACAUGAAGAGGGCAAAUUACCUCUUCAUUGUCUACAACCAAUAGCUUUUUAAAAAAUGAAUUCAGCUGUGACUAUCUCUCUAAAGCCUGUUUCCUAGAUAUUAACCAAUCAAGUCCACUGGAUAAGUCCUUGCUAUGCCCACUAAACCAAUGCUUCUACACAGCAGGCCUAGGGCUUGCACAUUAAGACCAAGGUCUCAUUUGUCUGAAGUUCUUUGCAUUAUCCUUUAUUCUUGACUGAAGUUAAGAAACCAAAACCCUCUUGAACAGAAAAAUCUCACAGUAUAUCAUUUUACAAAUCCAAGCACUAGCAUGAACUUCCAUAAGAUACCCCAGUGAAGGCUAAAGGCCUCUAACUCAACUCUCCCCAUAUGUAUCCCAAGCCCAUCAAUUGAAGUACUGUGACCUUCAAGUCCAGGAGCAGCAGGAAGCAGGGGGUGGUGGGAGCAGGAAUCAAAGACAUCACAGAGUUGGUUCACUUGAGAAAAACAGUGAUUACUCAGGCCACAGCUUCUGGUGGCCAAGAUAAAAUGCCUGUGAGAUCAGGUGUGUGACUUACAGAGACUGCCUCAGGGAGGCUAACGCUGUCAUUAAGAACAUGAAGUGACUAGAGGAACAAGGUUUUGAUAGGAGGUGGAUGUAUUUGAAAGUUUAGACCAGCCAGUGUUAAAAGGGGCAAAGCAGGAUACACAAGACUAGUUUGAUUUGUCCUUGAAUGCUCCAGGGUAGAGAGGCUAGGAGAAAGCAAAGGACAUGGAGGUCUAUUCAGUGCGGUUAUCUCUCUCAUUCCCAUCUUCACCAUCCAUGGGAGGAACAGCAUCUUUAUUUGCAGAACUGAACUUGAAGGCUGGGUUCCUCAGAUUUCUGUGGCUCAGGUGCAAAUCUGGAGUCUUGAUCAUUUUUGCCAUCUUUUCUGUCCAACUCCUUCCCAUGGUCUUUGUUCCCUCCAUCUCCAGGACCACAGCUGAAGUUCCUACUUUGGCCUUUUGGGACAGUCACCCCACUUGCUGUGUUUUUUUUUUCUCUUUCCUUUCUGGUCCUUCCUCAGAGGGCUGCGCCAGCUACUUUGCCCAUCACUUGUAGAGAACUGAUGCUCUGAGUCUGAGCUCUGAGACUGAGCAGAGGCCUAGAGCAUCGCUGUACUCAUGUUCUCUCCUUUGGUGGAGGGGCUGGCAAUACCUGUAGAAGCCAAUCAAGUUUAGCUUUGGAGAUUGAAGAGUGACAGUAUUCUUUAUUGAGUGUUUCAUUUUCUAGAGAGUUCUUGCUCUCCCUCCUUCGUGUAUUUCUGCCAGAUGUGACUGGGGCUCCAGUCUGUAAUGACUCACUUCCUGUCUUCAGCCAUUCUCUUUCUUGAGUUUCUUCACCUGGCCCACUUGUUGUCUCUCCUGGGGUCAGCCAUCUAGUUUUGUUUCAUCCAGCUGACGCUACAACCUCUCCUGCUCCUUGCGUAUCCCCUCUUCUAUUUCUCUUUCCCUAGCAGCUGUGUCAACAGACUUUGCCUCUCCAAAGAUAGAAACUGCUCUACUGGACCUGGAGUAUCAUCUUUCCUGGGAAUACUCCAAGACGUUAGAUUGAGUUUGGGGGGUGCUCUGUCAUCAUGCCUAUCAUAGACCCAAGAGUAGUCACCCUGAGGCUCCAUGACUGAUCUCCCCAUCUGUCAUACCUGUCUUCACAGCAGUCCCCACCUCCUUUGUAAUCAACCCUACAGUACCCACUCCCAAAUGCUCUUCUGACGCUGCCUAUCCUGGAAUCAAAACCUUGGCCAUCAUUAUGAUCCUGGCAACCAUAGCAAUACCCAUGUCUCAGCAUGGACCAUCCUGAUACCGCUCCAAAUUGAACUGAAGCUGUCAUUACCUCUUCUAGGUGGCUAGACCUCAAAGCUCUCUGCAGCAGGGUGGGUUCUCUGGUCUGUGUCUGUUUAGUUAGAAUCUAAAUUUCUAUCUUGACCCAAAGAAUGAUUAUCCCUGUCUUUAUCCAGUGUUUGAUCAGCAACUCAAAAUCUGUCACUUAGAGACACAGAGCACGGAGCAGAUGACCCAGGUCCUCAAAUUUUGCAUUGCCCAAACCUUUCAACUUGUGUGGAUUGCUGGCUUCCCGUGGCAAGAGUACCACCCUGAUAUUUCAUCCUCUAAAGAAGUUCUUAAUAGGGCAGGUUCCUUAAGGAAAUGGUGUAGGAUGGUGAUUUGGAAAGACAGCUCUGGUGGGUAUUUGGUUCCUGAGCAGCCCAUGGAGCAGUGGGAAGAUGGACCAGUCCAUUGGAGGUGCCCUACAUUCAUCAUCAUCAUCAUUACUAUGCCGAGUCAUUGACACAUUUCUUUCCAGAUCAUCUGUCUCAUCUGCCCAGAUUACUGGUUUGGGGACAUAGGUGCUUCCUCCCAUCAUCCUCAGCCAAAUCGUCUGCUAGUGAUGGACUUCCCCUUCUGAAUCUUCUGUUUUGCUGAGGCUGCCAUGUUGGGGUAGGGGGUGCUAGGGCUCCACUAUUCUUUUUCAUUUGGGAACUAAACCCAUUUGGAAAGAUUGAAUUAAAAUCCAACCUCUUGUCAGAUACUUAGUCCUCUCUUGAACCUGAAUCUUAAAAUCAGAUUAGUGAAUGAAAGUGUUUGUUUGGUUUUUUUGUUGGUUUGUUUUCUUGUCCUUUGACUUUACAGUGCAGUGUGCAUUUUUCUGGAGCAUAUUUUCUCCUUUUGAGAAGUAGACUAAACAGUCUCCACAAUAAUGAGGUACACAGGCAGGAGAAAGCAUUUCUGGGAGGGAUUGUUUUCUUCUUCUUUUUUUUUCCUUCCUGAUUAAGCUUUCUCCUAGCCAAAUGACUAAAUUGAGUUUCUAGGCAAAGCAGUUGUCAUGAUGUGUGAUGUAUACUAUUUAUGCAGGACCCACUUGGGAGCUGUGUCAUUUGUCCUAUCUUUAAAUUGAGGUCAGAAUGUCACACACACAACCCCACCCUGGGGAAUAGAGUGGAUUGGACUAGGUUGCACAUUCUGGCUGUCAACGCAGUGGAAAUGUCAUGUGGGUCAUGUCACUCCUGUCAUAGUUUGUGACUCUUGGGCUGUCAGGUUGCAUUUGGUCAGCAUUUCCAGGCCUGCCCCAGGAUUGGGCUAAGAUGAGUCUAGGGCUAGGGCGGCUCACAAAAGGUUCUUAAAUAUGGCUAGAUCCUGUUCCUGAAACUGUAAACAGUGUAGCAGUGUCCCUUCAACUUAUUUCUGGGGUCUGCUACUCUCCUCACACCCAUAGGGGACAGCACACACUGUAAUUGGAGGCAAUGCCCUGCUCAAGUCUUCCAGGCAGCCUGGAUUAGCACUGCCUAGCUGGUCGGAGUCUACUGUGUGAUACUCCAGGAAGCAGAGCUGAUGUAUCUGCUCUGUCCUGGUGCAGAAUAUUCCAGAUUUCCAAGUCAGUAUUACUUUUCCCAGUUCCCAACACUCAUGCAAACACAAAAACAAAGACAUGAGAGCGAGGUAUAUAACUUCUCUGGUGAAAGUGACAAAGCCUCUUUAACAUUUGUAGAGAAACAUACUGGACAGUGAGCCUGGGCAUCCCCAGAGCCCAGCUGGGCAUUUCCUUUUCUUUGACAAGCCUUCAAGUGUGCACAGUGAAAACCAAUAAUGACUAGUCAGGAAGCAGUGAGGGAUUUUGUUGUUUUUGAGAUAAAUUCUUAUGUAGUCCAGGCUGGCUUUGAACUCACUAUGUAGCUGAAUCUGCCCUUGUACAUCUGACCCCUUUUGCCUCAUGAAAAGUGUUUUAUUGUAUGUUUGCUUUGCUGUGCUGGGGAAUGGAACUCAGGGUCUUGUGAAUGCUAGGCUAGUGUUUGCCAUUGAGCUACAUGUGUUCCUAGUCAGUGAGUGUUUUAUUUGUUGUUUGUUUUGCUUUUUAAGCAAAACUAGGUAACAAGAGUCUGGAAAUGUAAAUGGAUAUGUAGGCUUUCAGGUUGAUUUUUUUUAAAUAAAGAAAGCUAUCAUCCAUAAUCUCCCAUUUGUUAUAAUAAUGAGCUUUUCUUUUAAAUCAAAAGGAAGAUAAUUUCCCGUCAGCUAUUCCUACCCUGGGAUUUUUGUCUUAAGCCAUAAGUUGAGUGUCUGAAGCUGUCAGAUGAGAAGGCCUUUGUCUGGAACAUGUGAAAGGGUUGCACAGUUCAGCCAGGGUUUGAAUUACUGCCCAGGGUCAUUGUCCUAACGUAAUUCAAGAGGUGCUUUAGCCUCAGCUUUUGAAAUGUAGCCUUCAUCUCCUGGGGUCUUUAAAAACUGAACAGGGAACGUGGCCAAACAGAUCUGAAGUGAUAACUUAGUAAAGAAAUUGGUUUAUCAUGUUAAAUCAAAAGAUCGUGCCAUCUGAUGUGAGGACGCACACCUGUGAUCCCAGCCCUCAGGAGAUCAGCCUGGGCUACGAGGUAAGUUUUAGGCCAGCCUGGGCUACAUAGGAAGACCCUGUCUCAAAAAAAAUAAACAGAACAGAUGUCAUAUUCUCUGCAUGAACAUGCUUAAAUGAACAAAUGUAACAAUGGGAAAGUUAAAAUAAAGACCCCUCAAAAUCAGGAAGUGUGCAACAGUUGCCUGUGUUGGUGAUUCUGUGUUGGCUUCUAGGCUGUUGUCUGUGUCAGUACAGUAGGGAGAUAUUAACUCAGGCUAGCCUUAAUUGAAGGUCAUCAUGAAGGGUUUCCCAUGGCUAACAGAAGGCCGGAGAUUCCCACAAGGGCACUAUCAAAUAUGCCUAAAAGAGAGAGAACAGUACUCAACGUGGUGUAUGGUACCCUUUGUUCUCGAAAGGUUUUUCUUCUCAGCACCCAUGUCCAUUCUUUCGCCUUCCAUGAGCUUCCCUGAAUACCACGUGUCAGACUGUGUGUGCCCUGUUUUUCUAAAGCUUCCCAUUCACCCAGGAUGAGUGAUUUCUUACGUGGGAAGAGGAGUGUAUGGAAGCAACAUAAAUCCAAGUGGUCAGAAGCUGUGUGAACCAAUGCCGUGAGCAAACGGGAGUGGGAGAGGUCACCCCACCCCCAGCACAGCCUGAGGAACACCUCAGCCAUCCCCAGGGAGAGGAGACAAAGGACUGAUUCUUUUUCCACCCAGGCUGGCUCCUGUUCAGAUGACAAGCUCCUGCUCUUGCUGCCUCUGAGAUAUCUCCUCCGCUCCCGCUCCCAGGCAUCAGACCAAGAAAAGCAUGCUCACAGGAUUAGCCCACAGGCAUUUCUUCUGACCUGGCUCAAGAGAGGAAGGAGACCUGUUUGUUUGAGAAAUCAGGUGGUGGUGGUUUAUGGCAGAGAUGGGCAGAAGAGACUUGAAGCAGCAUCACUACCCAAACCAUCCCGCCCUGGAAAGCAGGGGUCAAGAGGGCUUAUCAGAAGCCCAGAGCCCUUCCUGGUGGUACACGCCUGUGGUCCCCACGCUCUGGAGGCUGGGGCAGGCGAGUCAAGAGCUGGGCCUCAAGCAUGGUCCUAUAAAAUAAGAUAAAUAAAAGACUGGUGUCAGAAGAGUUUCUGAUUUCCUGUGUGGGAAAGAGGGUAGGACCGCUAAAGAGCAGGCAGGGACCCACUUGCCGUGGGGCUGGACUGGAUCCAGCUGUGUUCCUAGAGGUAGCUUGGGAUGUGCUUACAAGGUAAGCAGCAGAUGCCAAUUUAAGGAAACCUGCCUGGUCAUGGAGUUUCUUUGCUUCCAGCAAGAUCCCGGCAGCAUAGCCCAUAACUAUGUACAAUUAUCCUAUAGCAAUUACAAACAAGGUCCCAGUGCUGGUAAAGACUUGUCUGGCGUUCCUGUCAUAAAGCCUAUGUAAGGCCUGAGCCUCCUGCCCCUUCCCUCUCCCUCCCUGCCCAAGACGACCAAGUGCAGAGCAGCGCCAGGGCUCCUGUCUGUGUCUCCUUCCCAGAGAGUAAUGCAGCUUGCACGGCAAGGGUCAGCCACAGGGUGGAGACCCACAUCCUACUGAACCCACAGUGAAGGUGUGUCUCUCAUGUAAGCAAAGCCAUGUGCCUCCUGGCUUCUGUUAUAUCUGUUUGGAGAUUGCUCAAAUACCAUUUGCCGAGGACAAGCCUUAAGCUAGCCAGGCAGAGGGAAGCUGGCUGGGGUCACCUUAGACUGUCUCCCCGAAGAUGUGUAAGCACUUCCAUGACAUGUGCGUGUAGGCUUUUGUUUUCUCUCUCUCUCUCUCUGGAAGUGUAAUGAUCUUCAGUGUUAUUAAUGUCAACUGACUGUUAAGUGACAACAGCAUGGUGGUAUGAAGUCUGUCUCCCUCCCGGAAGGGAAUCUAUGCCAAGGAUGUCUCCAAAAACAUUGGUUUUAUUGAUUAGGCCUUGGCCAAUCCUGUUAGCUGACUGUUGUCUACACAAACCCAUUUCAAAUAAACCAUUGGUUAAAGCAGAA